UCUUGUGUUGUCAGAUAAGCAGCAGCUCAGCCACAAGUGGAUCUCCCUUUACCGCCCGAUGCUCGUAUCUCACUAUAUCGCUUUUAAACAUGAACAGGCCGCCGAGGCUGUUCCUGUAACUGACGCCAGCUCCAACGUCUCCGGUGGAUAAACCUGUCGCCUCUGUAACGCUGGAUACUUUUCAAGGCCUCAAGCGAUGCCUCGGUCCACAGUUGAGCUGUGAACCCGCCAAAACACGACCUCCACCCGGUGGCGCGUCGCCGAGGGAGCCGCGGCAGAGCUACGGGCAGAGAGCGCCGAGGUUCCCCUCCUGUGUGAAAGGGCUCCUCUACAGAAAUGCACCCACCAUCUCGCCAGGACUAUGUAUCCCUGAGCCUUGCUGGACAAGGAAGUGGAGGUUACAACAACAGUAAGCACUGGAGGAGACAGUCCUGCUGGAGGAAAUGGAAGCAGCUGUCCAGGCUGCAGCGGAGCCUCAUCCUCUUCAUCCUUGUCCUUAUGUUUAUCUGUGGGAUUGCCACCUAUCCUACCGUCACUGAACACGUCAGAGGCCUUCCAGAUGCGGAGCACGAAAUAGACAGUAACAGCGUACUGAGGCCUGCCAUCCCUCAUGUGCUGCCUGAGCCUAUCAAACAGGGCCACCCAGCACUGCCAGAACUACCUUCCGAGAGGAAAUUAUCUAAUAAGAGAGGGCCACCUGUCCUUCGGAAUCGCCUUCAGAGGAAAGGAAACACUUCAGAUACAGUGGUGGUGGACAAGGUGGCUGACGGCAAGAAAGAAGGGGAGGAGGAGGCAAUUAUCAGCUGGCAUGGGGCAUUGAUCGACACUAAACAGGUCCCAGAGGGCACCAAGGAUGGGGGAAAGGUGGAUUCACCUACCAACCAAGAAGUCAUAAUAUCCAAAGAGUCAGAAACUAGCCGGCUGGAGACGGUGCGGGAAUCUUUCAGACAUGCAUGGAAGGGCUAUAAAAAGUUUGCUUGGGGUCAUGAUGAGCUUAGGCCUAUCUCCAAGUCCUACGGGGAGUGGUUUGGCCUUGGUUUGACGCUUAUUGAUGCCCUGGAUACCAUGUGGAUCCUGGGACUUAAAGAAGAAUUUGAAGAAGCAAGGGCGUGGGUGGCAACAGAGCUGUCCUUCAACAAGAAUGUUGAUGUCAACCUGUUUGAGAGCACCAUUCGCAUCUUGGGAGGUCUGCUGAGCACCUACCAUCUAACUGGAGACACCCUGUUCUUAGACAAAGCUAAAGACAUCGGCUCCAGACUGAUGCCUGCCUUCAACACCCCGUCCAAGAUCCCCUUCUCUGAUGUGAACAUCGGGAAAGGUACAGCCCACUCCCCUCGCUGGACCUCAGACAGCACAGUGGCUGAGGUUACAAGCAUCCAGCUGGAGUUCAAAGAGCUCAGUCGCCUCACCCAGGAUCCCCAGUACGAGGAUGCGGCGGCCGAGGUUAUGAAUCAGGUCCACAAGCUGGACGGCAAGCUGGACGGUCUUGUUCCCAUGUUCAUCAACACAAACAAUGGACAAUUCACCCAUCAAGGCAUCUACACACUUGGAGCCAGAGCCGACAGCUACUAUGAAUACCUCCUGAAGCAGUGGAUCCAGGGAGGCAAGAAGGACAACCAGCUCUUGGAAGACUAUCUGCAAGCAAUAGAAGGUAUUAAGAAGAACAUGUUGCAGAAGUCUUCUCCUAAUGGCCUUACUUUUAUAGGAGAGGUCUCACAUGGACAGUUCAGCACUAAAAUGGACCAUCUAGUGUGUUUCCUGCCAGGCACUCUGGCCCUCGGUGCUCACAACGGCCUGCCUGCUGAUCAUAUGGAUCUGGCUAAACAGCUGAUGGAGACCUGCUACCAGAUGUACGUGCAGAUGGAGACGGGCCUCAGUCCAGAGAUUGUCCACUUCAAUAUGCAUGAGGGCAGCAUCCGAGACAUCGAUGUGAAACUUGCUGAUAGACACAACCUCCUGCGACCAGAGACUGUGGAGAGUCUCUUCUACCUUUACAGGUUCACCAAGGACCUCAAGUACCAGCAGUGGGGCUGGGAGAUUCUUAAAAACUUUAACAAGUACACCAAGGUUUCUUCUGGUGGCUAUACCUCCAUCAAUAAUGUGCGCGACCCAGACUAUCCGAGUCCUCAAGACAAGAUGGAGAGCUUCUUCCUCGGAGAGACCCUGAAGUAUCUGUACCUGCUCUUCUCAGAUGACCCCGACCUCAUCAGCUUAGACCAGUAUGUCUUCAACACUGAAGCUCAUCCUCUGCCUAUUUGGCCUUCCACUGCGUGACACACACAGCGAAGGACUCAAAUGACAUUUAUAAACACAACAAAUGAUCUCAGGGUUGGUCAAACACCAACAUGAUAGCUACAUCUGUUCGGUCUCAGUGAGUGACCUCUGCCAAAACCACCCUGAACACAGAUGGAAAAGCCUCUUUUCUAUUGGAUCUUUAGUUUGCUCUGUGCCAACGGUCUUGGUGAAAUAACAGGAGCCUGGUCCAGUGUGUAGCUUAUUUAUAAAAAAAUCUUUAGGAUUUGUGUUGGUGACAGAGUGUUUUCCGGAGGAGCGGACAAAGGUUUCUGUUCUCUCUCUCAGAUAACCUCAGCACUGGAGAGGAUCCUGAAUGUCACUUGAACUGAAGCCUUCUUGUUAUGGGGGGAGGUGGAGUGUCAGGUUGGACUGAUACAGAUGUUUGAAUUGAUAUUUUCAGAUUGUCAAACAUGUUCAAUUUCUAACAAAAAUCACAAUUUUUAUUCCAGAGAAAUCCUCCAACACGUCCAUGUCUUAAUUUGUAGCCCUCCAUUGUAUUAUUAUUACAAUGGAGAUGUUUCUGAAACAGAAUGUAAUCCAUUGUGACACAAAGCCAGUGUCUGGUGGUCUUACCUCAGUGCGAGGUGUGAAAGCAGCUAAAACGUUCCCUGACAGCAGCCACCAGCUGUGUGAACUGAAACCAACCGCUGCUGCCUGCUGCACCGAGAACCUGACUGCUCUGCCCACAUGUUUUCACAUGGGUGCCAGCCUUGCAGGGAUUAGAGGAAAAAGCGAAUUCCUCAUCACACUGUAUAUAGUCUUCAAGUGCUCUGGUUAGAACUAUUCUUCCUAAACAGGGCAGGGCGUGCCAACAGGCUGUUAAUACAUUUAUACCUGAAUUAAAAUGCGAUUUAUCAUCAGAUUGUCCAAAUCAACUCCAGAGGUCAAGGACGUAUUGGGAUUGAACAUUGAACACAAGUAUAAUCUUACAGUUUGAAGUACAAAAUGACAUGCAGCUGUUUCAAACCAAUGAAGUAGCAGCUACACAGCUAGAAGCCAUUAGCCAGUAAACACAGGAAGCAGUCCUCACAUUACUCAAGACACUUGUAGAUGGAGAGAUAACAAGAUCGAAAAAACACUAUUAGGGCUUCACUGGUGGCUGCCAUCUUCUUCUCCUCUUCUUGGUUGCUUUCAUGGAUCUGUUCAUACAAAUGGAUGGUGAGCUGAACAGAGCGAUCAGACACCCAUCAAUCCCAGCUGAAAAUCAGGUUCAAAUCAUACCUACAUAUAAUCUGUAUACAAGAAGCAAUUUAAUGUCAGGUGUAAAAGGAGUCUGUGUGUCUGCUGUUCCGUGCUGCAUUCAUGUCAUACAGGAUAUGGUGGGAUUUCACAGCACAUAAUCCCACUCACUAACCUCAGAUCAAGAAGACGCUGCUUGGAAAGUGCUAAUUGAUUAAUGGAUUACUCGGACCAGUCAUAGGCAGCUACAAACGUUUAUUGUAGGGUUAUGGGCACAGGAUUUAGUAAAAUAUAUUUUUGUCAUUUGGAAACUGCGUGUAUGAAAUGUCAUAGUAUUCGUGACUCUGUUGAAAAGUAGGUUUACAAACCAAAAUUAAUUUUUAGCCCCCGGUCACCCAAAAUGUCUCUGUUCAUGACCUAUACCAAAACCUUGUAGCAGCUUUUCCUCCCACGUGACAUGAAUGCAGCUUCCGUCUCUACAUGGGACACAGACAAACUUAUUCCGGCUGUCGUGAGGUAGCAGAUCUACUUCUGAACUGUGAAGCUUUUGUUUUAUGACCUUAGUUGUGGGUUCUGAGCAUUGAUUUGUUUAUUUCUUUGUGUUUUUUUUUAAUGUGUCCUGAGCAGUUGCUCUUCUCGCUGAAUGUUCCAUUUCAUUAUUUUGUCAUCUGCAAGGCUUUAGUGUCUGUGUUUCCGACUCGUUUGAUUUUAAAUAUAAAUUUAGCAUAAUAUAUUGAUUUCUAGUGUAUUUAAAGUUGUAAUUGCAGCUAUCUAAACACACUGAGCUGGGAUUGUGAGUGUUUUGUUCAGUUCUUGUUGUAGUGGCCACAGCAGUAUGCAGUCCUUCCUACCAAUACCACUAGUUUACAUCAUAGCUCCACUUGUAGUUGUUACUUUUAAAAACUUUGAAUUGAGACCAAACUCAUUUAGUUUAUUCUGUUAUUUUCCUCACGUGUGCCUUCAAUGUUGCUUCAGACAACAUUCAAAAGACCGACUGUUAGCUGUCUGUGAACGUGCAUUUCUAUUCAUUCCAGCUAUUUUUACUGGUUGCUGACUUACAGCAUUGUGUGGUAAUUGCGAUUGGGGAUCAUUUUUACACUAGGAUUGAAGAUUGAUAUUUUUCCCUCAAAUCAAUCAUUAGGUUUACGUGAUGCCUAUCUCUCCCGGUGUGUAUUUAAACCCUAUUAACAAGGGCUCUGCGUGAUCCCUCCCUGGAUGUGUUUCAGCAUAAAACCUGAGCCAAAGACAUGCUGGGGAUAUCAUCACCAACGGCGUCUGGUUUUGGUCUUAUUGAUGAAAAGCCAUUUUCUCCAAAGCAGCAUCUUUCAGGAAAAACUAACACAGGAGAUAUUUUCAGUGCUUUUGAUAACAGUGUCACUGGUGUGGGUUUGGAAGACUGAUGCCACUAUUUUUAAACUAAAGUCAAUGACGACUGAUGGAUUUCUAUAUUAGUUGCGGCCACCAAACAGACUGCUUUUAACAGCAGGCUACACACACCACAGCUGUACAGUUUAUCAGUUUGUCAUUAUUAGAUCAAUUACAGUGGUAUCAACACAAAGCACAUUGAGUUGGAAGAUAAAACCUAACUUGAAGCAUCAUAUAAAGUACAAGAACAGGAAAGCUCUGAGGCAGGUUUUACAAGGGUUGUAGAGUACAGUUGGAGUUAGGAGGCCCAAAUACUCACUGUGUGCACAUAAACUACUCAAUGUUUUGUCAUAUGUGUAAACAACCUUUGGAUAUAGACUGAGGUCGAUAUGAUUGGUAAAUACUCUUAGACAAAAUUGGUUAUUGUGUAUUAGCAGAAAUUGUCUGAUUUACACAUGUUGCAGACCCACAUGUUCACAUUGCGUAUGACUUACUGUAAAUAGAAGCCUGUGGACCUAACUGUCCCUGAAGUGUCCUGGAACGCAGGUCAAGCAUUAACCUGAUCAGUCUAGGAUCAUGUUCCUCAAAGACACUGUUUGCCCCUUUUUACCUGCAGGCGUGAAAGAUGACUACACAUUUGUAAGUUUGUUCAUCACAGAGCGACUGCUAGUUUGAUUCAUUUCUCAGCAGAGGUUCUAGUUUUUUUUUUUUAUAUAUACCGUCUGAGUUUAUCCGAAGUAGCCAAAACAUGACUAAUAACAUCUGCUGGCAGAGGUUCGAAGAUGCUCCUCGCUGACGACACCUGUUUUCAUUGUUGGAAAAGUAGCAAUUGGAAUCUAUAUAUUCCAAGAGCUCCUCACUGUCCUGAGUGGUGUGUGUCCUCUCUGUUAUCUCUCCAAUGCUCUGAGAUUGGAUCUUACAUAUAAAUGUGGAACAGCUUUGUUCUGACAGAGGGGCGGUAGUAUUGGUUGUUUUUCUUCCAUUUCAAACCUUACACAAUGUAUUGUUGAUGUAAUUUGGUGUAAAAUAAAGGCUGGAUCUGCAUUAAUUCUGUGCAAAAAAAAUAAAAUUAAAAAUAUUUUAUUGAACAGAAA